CUAUCCCACAGUGCACUGUCUUUGCCUCCGCCAGCCGCCUCGCGUUUUAAAACCCCUUUGCGUCUUUCCCGGGGAAAACUGCCACAACCUUCCGCCGACAAACCUAGUCCCGGGUUAUUAAACCGUUUUACAUUUAAAUAGACUGUACUUAAACAAGACAUGCGUUCCUUUAUAAAAAAAAAGAGUCUGCAACACGUCUUCUCGUUGUUAAACGUGCUAUUUUUAAUUAAAAUCACACGUCCAGGCACUGAAAUUAGAUCCGGCCGGCGUCCUCAGGGCAGAAAGAGAAGCUGAUGGCGUCCGUGUAGAAUGCCGGAGCGUUUACCGGAGUGAACUGUUUUCGCCUUUGAGGGCUUGGAGAAAAAAAGAAGGCCUGCCCGGAAUCUGAGAAACACAGGAUGGACUCGGAGGACAAUGAGGUGGAGAGCAGCAGCGAUGUGGGUCCCUCGGGGCUCGAGGAGCCUUCUGAGAGCGGGAUGGGAAUGGAGACGUCCGAGGCCAUGUCAGCGGACAGCAGUGACACGGUCGCCACGCCUCUGCUCGCACCCGAGCCCGACUCGCACGUGGGCCAGAGCUCCGAAGGCCUGGUGGAGGUGAUCCAGGAGAUGAGCUCCAGCACUGACGUCAUGGCUGUGGUCCACCUUCCCGACUCCUCUUCCGUUGCCCAGUCCACCAGCGUGUCCAGCGUUUCCACGGUGACGCAAUCCCUGCUGGUGUCGGAGUCUGCGCAGGUCCUGGUGCACUCCAGCGCUGUCGGCUCCGAGGGGCUCAUGAUGGUGUCUGACUCCACUGCCUCCACCUCCAGUGACCUGGGCUCUGCCAUCGACAAGAUCAUCGAGUCCACCAUCGGACCUGACAUUAUGAACGGCUGUAUUGCUGUGACGAGUGCAGAAGAUGGAGGGGCUGAGACCACCCAGUACCUCAUCCUGCAGGGACCUGAUGACGGUGCCCCCAUGGUCUCACAGAUGUCAUCCUCCGCUUUCUCGAACCGGAUAGCCAUGGAGUCUUUGGCAGAGGGGCCCACGUCCACCUCGACAUGUCUGGACCAGUCGGAGAUUGUCGAUCACCGAGCAAGCCUUCAGGAUCAGGAUGGGAUGCAUCCAGAUCAAACUGACCAGCCCGGGCAUUCCGGCUAUCCUGAACACGAGGAGCCCCAGCAUUCCCGAUACAUUGAGUACAGUGGGGAUAAUUCGGAUCAACCACAGAAUUCCCAGUACUUUGAGUACAGUGGAGAUCUCCCUGAUCAGCCCCAGCAUUCCCAGUACAUUGAAUGCAGUGGGAACAAUCUGGAUGAACCACAAAAUUCCCUGUAUAUCGAGUGCAGUGAAGAUCAUCCUGACCAGCCCCAGCAUUCCCAGUACAUUGAGUGCAAUGGCAAUGAUCCGGAUCAACCUCAGAAUUCCCAGUACAGCGAGUGCAAUGGGAAUGAUCCGGAUCAACCUCAGAAUUCCCAGUACAGUGAGUGCAGUGGGAAUGAUCCGGAUCAACCACAGAAUUGCCAGUACAUUGAGUGCAGUGGGAAUGAUCCAGAUCAACCUCAGAAUUGCCAGUACAGCGAGUGCAGUGGGAAUGAUCCAGAUCAACCUCAGAAUUCCCAGUACAGCGAGUGCAAUGGGAAUGAUCCAGAUCAACCUCAGAAUUCCCAGUACAGCGAGUGCAGUGGGAACGAUCCAGAUCAACCUCAGAAUUCCCAGUACAGCGAGUGCAGUGGGAACGAUCCAGAUCAACCUCAGAAUUCUCAGUACAGUGAGUGCAGUGGGAAUGAUCCGGAUCAACCUCAGAAUUCCCAGUACAGCGAGUGCAGUGGGAAUGAUCCGGAUCAACCCCAGCAUUCCCAGGAACAGUCUGGGUCUCGGGAGGUAGAGAGGUCACAGCGCCUGGGGGAGCUGGACCUGGCAGAGCUGGAGGCGAUGAUGGAGGUGGUGGUGGUGCGGCAGUUCAAGUGCAAGAUGUGUCCCUACAAGAGCAUCUCCAAGGACACCCUCAUCAAGCACAUGAGGGAGCGCCACUUCAGAAACAGCAGUGCCCCCCCACCAAAGAAGCGAGGCCGCGGCCGCCCCAGACGACAAGACUCCGCCCAGGAGGGAGCAGUGAAGGGGGAGGAGCAGGCCGAGGAGGAGGAGGAGGAUGAUAUUGUAGACGCCGGUGCCAUUGACGACCCUGAAGACGACAGUGACUAUAACCCAGCCGAGGACGAGCCUCGCGGACGGCUGCCCAGUUUGCCGCGUAGUGCCCCAACCUCUUCCCUGGAGAGGCCUCGUCGAAGAGUGGUGCGCCCCAGGAAGUUCCCCGCUGAGGGGCGCCCUGUAAACCAAGGAGCCGAAGUGGAGCCCUUGAUUCCCUCUGUAUCCAAUCAAAGUGCAGAGCUACAGGGUUCUGAGGCAGCCAGCUCCUCAGGGCUGGGCAAUGGGACGACCUCAACAUCCAAUGAGAACUGCGCCGAGCCCGGUGUCAGCCAAUCGGAUUCAGAGAACAAGGAUCCCUCCUCUAAUACAGGUCCAGAGGAGACAGGCUACUUCCCGAGGAGGCGAGGCCGACCCUCCAAGCGAUUCUUACGCAAGAAAUACAAGAAGUACAUGUCGACCCGCAAAUAUUAUUACAGAUCACACAAGCCCCUGCUGAGGCCACAUCACUGCCGGAUCUGUGGCUCACGUUUCCUGACACAGGUCGACAUGCGAUUCCACCUGGAUUCUCACGAGGGGAAUGACCCGGAGCACUUCAAGUGCCUGCAGUGCAGCUAUCGGUGCAAGCGCUGGUCUUCCUUGAAGGAGCACAUGUUCAACCAUGAGGGAACAAAGCCAUACAAAUGUGACGAGUGUGACUACACCAGUGUGUACAAGAAGGAUGUAACCCGUCACUCUGCCGUGCACAGCAAGGACAAGAAAAAGAAGACUGAGCUGGACGACAAGGUUCCCAAGAUCACCCAGUACCCCUGCCCAGUGUGCAGCCGGGUCUACCCCAUGCAGAAGCGGCUCACACAGCACAUGAAGACGCACAGCUUGGAGAAACCGCACAUGUGUGACAAGUGCGGGAAGUCCUUUAAGAAACGAUACACCUUCAAAAUGCACCUCCUGACUCACAUCCAGAGCUGCGGGAACAGCAGGUUCAAGUGUGAAUUCUGUGAAUACACGUGCGACAAUAAGAAGCUCCUGCUCAACCACCAGCUUUCACACGCCAGCGACAAGCCCUUCAAAUGUGACUACUGUAAAUACUCCACCACCAAAGAGGACUUCCUGGUGUCUCACAUGGCCAUCAAGCACACAGGUGAGAAGCCAUUCUCCUGUGAUUUGUGCCACUUUGUGACGAAGCACAAGAAAAACCUGCGGCUGCAUGUGCAGUGCCGCCACGCGGAGAGCUUUGAGGAGUGGGCCAAGAGUCACCCUGAGGAGCCCCCACGCCGCCGACGCCCCUUCUUCACCCUGCAGCAGAUAGAGGAGCUCAAGCAGCAGCACGAGAACAGCCAGGCUAUGCAGGACAGCACCCACGGGCCCAUCGUUUCAAUAGCGCAGAUGGCAUUUCAAGCAGUGCAGUCCACGGAGAAUCCCACAGUAACCCAAGAUUCCCUGGGAAAUACCACCAUCAUAUACGAGCAAGGAGAUGAACUGGCUGAAUUGGCAGCACAGAAUGCCCUGGACCUGCUGCUGAACAUGAGCAAUCCCAGAGAGCUGGUCAGUAACUCACUGCAGGUGGCAGUGCUGAAAUCAGACGGGACAGCAGGGGACUUGGAGGAGGGGGAGGCAGACCCUGCUGAGCACCUCUCCUCCCAGACCCAGAAGGUUGUGACAUUCCAUGUGAGGGAGCACGGGGAGGCCAUGGUGCAAGAAGCCUUUGAACCCAGGGCAAUGGGGGGAGGUACUGAGAUCACCCAGAUCAACAUCACCUCAUACCCAGGUGGGGAGCUGAGCAUGGUGGAGCAGCCAGGAGAGGAGAUCCACAGCACUGCCACCGUGUACAGCAGUGGAGAUGCCAGCCCAGAGGGCUCUCAUUCUGUGGUGGUCAGCAGUGGUGCUUUGACCGGUACCCUGAAGGAGCACAAGGGAAAGUACUACCUGACGUCCAGCCUCGGUGGAGGGACUGUCCAGCAAAUUGAGCUCAGCAGUGAGACCCCCUCCUCUCCCCCUUCCACCUCCUCCAGUCAGCAGCUCAACUCCAAGAAAUUCUCCUGCAAGAUCUGCAUGGCCUCCUUCCACGGCAGGGCGGAGAUGGAGAGCCACAAGAGGGCGCACGUGGGUCCCCACAUGUUCAAGUGCCCGGACUGUACCUAUGCUGCUUCCUCCUGGCCAGAUGUGCGGAAUCACAUGACUCAGCACGCUGACCUCCGACCCCAUAAGUGUGGCCACUGCAGCUUUGCGUCCAAGAACAAGAAGGACCUGAGACGCCACAUGAUGACUCACACCAACGAGAAGCCCUUCGCCUGUGAGAUCUGUGGGCAGAGGUUUAACCGGAACGGACACCUGAAGUUCCACAUGGAGCGGCUGCACAGCCACGAGCCGCCCGCCCGCAAGGCCCGGCUUGGGGGAGCCCAGCAGGCUCUCAUCCUGAACAGCGAUGAGGAGACGCUGGCCACACUGCAGACUGCUCUGCAGGCUGGCCAGACCGUGAUCACUCCAGAGAGGCUGCAGCAGGCUCUGGGGCAGGAUCACAUCAUCGUAGCCCAGGAGCAGGCUCUGUCAGACCAGGAGGAAACCACGUACAUCCAGCAGAUAACCACUGUGGAUGGGCAGACAGUGCAGCACCUGGUGACUGCUGAGAACCAGGUCCAGUAUAUCAUCUCACAGGAUGGGAUCCAGCACAUCAUCCCUCAGGAAUAUGUGGUGGUGUCAGAAGGAAACCACAUUCAGGUGCAGGAUGGACAGAUCGCUCACAUUCAGUACGAACAAGACGGCCAGUUCCUACAGGAGCAGCAGAUCGCGUUGAGCCACGACGGUCAGAUCCAGUACGUACCCAUCAGUUCGGGGGAACAGAUCGUCAGCCAUGAGGAUCUAGAGGCUGUAGCACAUUCCACUGUUACCGCAGUGGCUGAUGCAGCCAUGGCCCAGACUCAGACCGUGUAUGCUACCGAAGCCACGCCCGAGCAGCUGGAGCAGAUGCAACAGCAGGGGAUCCAGUAUGACGUCAUCACUGUCACAGAAGAGUAGGGGGAAACAGCACUGAACUGCACUGCAACCCUGAUUCCAGCUUUCACAUUUUCUACACCUAACUGUAGAGACUAGCGACCAGUCAACCCGGGUAAAAACUGUGGCACAUUUCACUGUAUAGGACAUUUAGCAGUACUACUUUCAAAAGCAUGUAAAAUAUCUAGUCAGGCCCUAAUUAUAAUCUACCAAUCUGGUGCAAGUAUAUAAAUAAAAAUGUGACCCAAGAGGAGAUAAAUAUUCUGAGACCCAGACGUGACUUCUAUGUUGUACAGACAUUCUUUUGCUUUCACUGAUAGUGAAUGCUUCCCCAGUCUCUGGGAGGGACGUGUUCUGUAUUUAUCCUGCAGUUUGCAGGGCCCAUGUGGAAAUCCCCUCCAUCAUCACUGCAGUAAACGUUAAAACAAGACAAAUAAUUGCAGUUGCAGCGUCGUCCGGACCCUAACGAUGCAGCGACUCGUUUGGGAUGCUGCUGCACCAGGUAAUAAAGUGAAUCGUGUUUGAUCUAGGACUUCCUUACAGACAGGUUGGGAUACCUUAUUUCUGGGUCUACUGGAAGGCUCUGGUUGAAAUCUACAGACUGCCUAUUUACAGUAGCGGGAUGUUUUGGCACACCUGAGGUUUCAGAUGUAAAAAGUCAAGUCAUGGGUCAUUCAGUUAGUGUGCCUAUGAAUUCUGUGGCACUUUGUUUUAAAAGCAGAGAGGCGGGAGGAUUCUGGAGACUGUAGAAUUUAAAACAAUGUAUUGCACUGAUAUAUAAACAUUUAAAACUAUGAAUCAUUGAAAUUGCCUGUGUCUGUCUCAUGUUGGAAGAAGCUAAUGGGACUAUUCCAUGUGUAAACUGCGCCUCUUUGAAAUUCUUGCACAUUAAUGGACAGAGGUGGUCUCCCGUCAGUCUAUAAAAUGGGAAACGUAGUCUUAAAGGUACCUUACGUGGAGGUAUGUCAGGAGGUGGACAAUCAGAUGUAUGUUUUCUUUUUUUUUUUUUUUUUUGGCAGUGGAGGGGUUUCAUAAUAAUGCCCCACUAUACUGCUCAAUGCUUAUUUCAUAUUAAGCACUUUUGCUUUGCUCGUUCUAGUUUAUUUGCUGCUGUUGCUUUCAUCAGUAAGUCUUCUUGUUUUGUUUUUGGAGCAUGUAUCCCACAGUGGGGGUGCUACCUUGGGGUAAUGUCUGUUCUUUCUAACCUCAAUAUGGAGAAACAGGAAGAACUGCAUGUGUGCUCAAAGAAUGAGGCUGGCCUGUGUAAAUGCACUUCAUUAUAGUUUCAAGUAGCGUUAGUAGGAGCACAGAGCCAGCUCUCAAUAAAUCCCUACUGCUGAUAUUUGUGUGGGUGUGUUUUGUUCCUGGUCGAUAAAGAUUGGCGUGAUUUAUUUAUUAUUUUUUUUAAAGGUGGGUAUGCUGCUGUAUAAUAAACCUUGGCAUUGGCAGAGCGAACACAGUUUGAAAUCCUACGCAUUCCAGCAUGAAAUCCUACCGUUUCAGUUCACAAUCUGAGCAGUGAAACACAUAUUGUAUGCAUGCCAGU